CUGGAGUACCCUCAAAAGUUUCGCAACUUCCGCAGAGCAAAAGGAGCAAGACAGACUCGAGAGAAGAGAAGACAAACUCCUGCAACUCUCCUGAUCCAACUUCACUCCGCGGAUUAAGCGAACAGCAGCGAUGGCAGGCAGAGACCGUGUCGCACACUUGAUGAGGCAGCUGGCCAGUGCCGCUUGCCGCUGUCCAGCCCACUCCUCUCAGCACUAUCACCAAGGUGCUGCAGCGGCUUGUACAGCUCGGACUACAGACUAUGCAUUUGAGAUGGCAAGCUCGAACAUCCGAUAUGGCGAAGGAGUUACUCAGGAGAUCGGCAUGGACAUGGUGUCUAUGGGAGCUAAGAAGGUGUGUGUCAUGACGGAUAAGAACUUGUCGGUUCUGCCGCCGGUAAAAGCCGUACUGGAGUCCCUCACCCGGAACGGAGUCAACUACCUCUGCUACGACAACGUGCGCGUGGAGCCCACUGACACCAGUUUUAAGGAGGCCAUAGCGUUUGCCAAGAAGGAGGAGUUUGACGUGUUCGUGGCAGUGGGCGGGGGCUCAGUGAUUGACACCUGCAAGGCGGCCAACCUCUAUGCUUGUAACCCCGACGCCGAUUUCCUGGAUUUCGUCAACGCCCCGAUCGGGAAAGGAAAACCUAUCAUCGGAGCCCUGAAGCCCCUCAUUGCAGUUCCCACCACUGCGGGGACAGGCAGUGAGACUACCGGAGUCGCCAUCUUUGACUACGAACCACUGAAGGCCAAAACAGGCAUAGCCAGCAGGGCGUUGAGACCAGUCUUGGGGAUUGUGGACCCGCUGCACACUCUGCACAUGCCCAGUAGGGUCACCGCCAACUCAGGAUUUGACGUCCUCUGCCAUGCUCUGGAGUCCUACACUGCGUUGCCGUAUAAUGAGCGGAGCCCCUGCCCCCCCUCCCCCGUCCUCCGCCCGGCCUACCAGGGCAGCAACCCCAUCAGCGACGUCUGGGCCCGACACGCUCUCAACAUAGUGGCGAAAUACAUGAAGAGGGCUGUGAGGGAUGCUGGGGACAUUAAGGCUCGGUCCAGUAUGCAUCUGGCCAGUGUGUUUGCUGGCAUCGGAUUUGGCAACGCGGGAGUUCAUCUGUGCCAUGGCAUGUCCUACCCCAUAGCUGGGAAUGUGAAGACCUACAAAGCUAAAGAGUACAAUGUGGACCAUCCUGUUGUGCCUCAUGGUCUGUCGGUGGUGGUGACGUCUCCAGCUGUGUUCUCCUUCACCGCCAGCAUGUGUCCAGAGCGCCACCUAGAGGCAGCUGAAAUACUGGGGGCUGAUGUCAGUAAUGUGAAGAGGGCUGAUGCUGGCCUCGUCUUGGCUGAUACACUCAGGAGCUUCCUCUACGACCUGCAGGUGGAUGAUGGAUUGUCAGCGUUGGGAUACGGAACCAAUGACAUUCCAGCUCUGGUGAAGGGCACUCUACCACAGGAGCGUGUGACCAAGCUGUCUCCCAGGGCUCACACUGAAGAGGACCUGGCUGAACUCUUCACAGCAUCCAUGAAGAUCUACUAACACACACACACACACACACACACACACACA